AGUCCCCACCACAUUUACUACUACUAGUUUGACAAACAUAAACACAUUUCCCUUAUUAACAUUUCUUGUUAACCACACAAAGUUAAUAAGUAACCCAAGUUUAUACAGUUUUAAAACAUUCUCUCUAUCUCCCUCCGGCUAGGCUGUAGCUGUUCGCCAUGGGAGACGCAGAGAGCACCUCCAAAACUAGCUUGCUGCUCCCGGUGGAAAGAGUUGAAAACGUGACAUGGAGAGAUCUGCGAGAUGGAUUAUUCACCGCAGAACUCAAGAGGCUUAUCUGCUUUGCCGCUCCUAUGGCGGCUGUUGUUAUCGCUCAGUUCAUGUUGCAGAUCAUCUCAAUGGUGAUGGUUGGUCACCUCGGAAAUCUCUCCCUCGCUAGUGCCUCUCUCGCCUCCUCCUUCUGCAACGUCACCGGCUUCAGCUUCAUCGUAGGAUUGUCAUGUGCCUUAGAUACUUUGAGUGGUCAAGCUUAUGGAGCUAAGCUAUAUCGGAAAGUAGGAGUUCAGACUUACACAGCAAUGUUCUGUCUUGCAUUAGUAUGUCUCCCUCUCACUCUCAUAUGGUUAAACAUGGAAACGCUUCUUGUAUUCCUUGGCCAAGAUCCUUCUAUUGCUCACGAAGCCGGCAGAUAUGCUGCUUGCCUCAUCCCAGGACUGUUUGCUUACGCUGUUCUACAGCCUCUCACUCGCUACUUCCAAAACCAGAGCAUGAUUACACCUCUCCUCAUCACCUCUUGUUUUGUGUUCUGUCUCCAUGUUCCUCUCUGCUGGCUUUUGGUUUAUAAGUCAGGGCUUGGUAAUCUUGGAGGAGCCUUAGCUCUCAGUUUUUCGAACUGUCUUUAUACCAUUAUCCUUGGAUCUUUAAUGUGCUUCUCCUCUGCCUGUUCUGAGACACGCGCACCGCUCUCCAUGGAGAUAUUUGACGGCAUUGGAGAGUUCUUCAGAUAUGCUCUUCCUUCUGCGGCUAUGAUUUGCCUGGAGUGGUGGUCAUAUGAACUCAUAAUAUUACUCUCUGGUCUCUUACCCAACCCACAGCUGGAGACUUCUGUGCUCUCUGUCUGUCUCCAAACAACUGCGACAGUCUAUUCGAUACAUCUUGCAAUCGCAGCUGCAGCAAGCACAAGAAUCUCAAAUGAGUUAGGUGCUGGAAACUCUCGAGCAGCUAAUAUUGUGGUCUACGCAGCAAUGUCUCUUGCAGUAGUGGAAAUAUUAAUAUUGAGUACUUCUCUAUUAGUCGGCAGGAAUGUUUUCGGCCAUGUUUUCAGCAGUGACAAGGAAACCAUCGACUAUGUUGCAAAGAUGGCUCCAUUGGUCUCUAUUUCUCUCAUACUGGACGGUUUACAAGGGGUUCUCUCAGGUAUUGCAAGGGGAUGCGGAUGGCAACAUAUAGGAGCUUACAUAAACUUAGGAGCUUUCUAUCUCUGGGGGAUACCCAUUGCUGCAUCUUUAGCCUUCUGGAUUCAUCUGAAAGGUGUUGGCCUUUGGAUUGGAAUCCAAGCCGGUGCCGUUCUGCAAACGCUUCUGCUUACUCUUGUCACGGGCUGCACAAACUGGGAAAGCCAGGCCGAUAAAGCGAGAAAUCGAAUGGCUUUGGCCUAUGGAACGUAAGGCGCUGCAGAACAGCUAAAGAUCAUAGUGAGCAUAGGUUCCUCCGGUUUUACCAGUUUUGUAGCAGACGAAUUGCUGUAUGUUACUUUGUGGUUAUUGGAAGGUUUGGUUGUAAUAAUACUGCACAAUUUUCAUCAGUAUUAAUAAGCAUCCUUCUUCUAAAGAACAUUCAAAUAUACCUUGCCACGGGAAAAGAUGCAAAAGAGCCUUUUAUGUGUUCCACAAGAAAGAAUAAUGAUCAAAUUCA